AUGGCUGAAAGGCCGGACAGCGAAGGCCUAAUCCCAGUCGAGACUCUUGAACACCACUUAAUAAGCCCUAUCAGCCCUUUAAAUUCCUCUGAACGAGCAAGCACCAAUUCAGCACCCCUCUUGGACCCAAUUAGCCCGCCUCCACUCCCAGCAUACGAACGUACCCGACCAGAAGACGCACCGAUGCCUGUUGACACUCCUCAGACUCACGGAAAGGAUUACAUAGGGCAAGCUCCUAGUGAAUUCCAACCGGCAUUUGCAGGUCAACACCCCAUGAAUUCGGUGGAGGAAGAGAAGACGUAUCCCGGCCAGCCAGCGCCCAGCUAUAUACAGCCACCGCCGCUGGGGCCACCGCCGCAACAACAACCACAACCGUACUAUGCACCAGCUGGUCAAUCUAGUAGCUAUGCGAGCGCAGUGCCUUUGCAUGCACUUCGGCAGGCUCCGUGUCCUGUCGACUGUCCCGCCUGCGGACAACGGGAAUUAACGAGGACACAACCAGUAUCGGGAUCAACUACGCAGUGA